GAGAAUAAAUUCCGAUCAUCUCUACUCACGUGUCUAAUAGGUUGUUGAUGGCCCACCUUUGUUGGAGCAUCUACAAUAUAUGGUUUGGAAAUUAAUUUGAACAAUGUUCAAAUACACUUACAUCAUCACCUCUCUUAUGGUCCUGGCUGGUUCUGUUUAGUUAACGCCAGGGUAUAUGCAACAAUAAGAGUUGUUUUUAAUGCAAUGUAAAAAAUCCUGUGACUAUAAACUAAUUAAUAUUACACCCAUUACAUGACUGUAAAGAGCACUGGCUUGUACCAUGCUCCUCCUUCCAAUUAACAGCAAGAAGUCCAGAAUUAGUAGACAAAAAUGCUUAGUUUGUGUUGACUGAUUUGCUCAAAAGCUUUGUUGAAAUCACAUAAUUUGUAUGAUAUUGCCAUAUUGGACAAGGCCAAUGCCUUGUCGAUCCAACUUCAUACGGAGUUACCCAAGAACAGAGAUGCUACUUGCUGGCUCACAAAACAAUUUCCAACUAUUCUUGUCCUUUAUAAUCUUCUUAUCACUAAGAACUAAGAAACUCAAAAGCUAUGGACCAUACUCACACUAUAAAUAACUUGGUGGCUGAUCAACAUGUCCAAUGCCAAAACAUGAAUAAUAGCAAAAUGCACAGAGACCCCCAAUUAGUGCUUUCAUUUGUUAUUAUUCUCUGCUUUUCUUUUGCUUUUCUAAGAGCCAACGGCUAUUACCUGAUCGGAGUUGGUAGCUAUGACAUGACCGGACCUGCUGCUGGGGUGAACAUGAUGGGUUAUGCCAACAUGGACCAGGUGACUGCUGGUAUCCAUUUCAGGCUCAGAGCAAGAACCUUCAUUGUGGCAGAGAAUGCCCAAGGUGGUGCAAGGUUCGCCUUUGUCAACCUCGACGCAGGCAUGGCUUCUCAGCUUGUCACCAUUAAAGUGCUUGAGAGAAUCAAAUCAAGGUUUGGAGAUUUGUAUACAGAAGAAAAUGUGGCAAUAAGUGGCAUCCACACUCACGCCGGACCAGGUGGUUACUUACAGUAUAUGGUUUACUCUGUUACUUCUUUAGGCUUUGUCCAGCAAUCAUUUGAUGCCAUUGUCAGUGCAAUUGAGCAAAGCAUUGUUCAGGCACAUGAAAACCUCAAGCCUGGCUCAAUUUUCAUCAACAAAGGGGACGUAGAGAACGCAGGAAUAAACAGAAGUCCCAGCGCGUACCUGUUUAAUCCAGCAGAGGAGAGAGCUCGAUAUAAAGAUAAUGUCGAUAAGGAAAUGACCCUUCUGAAAUUUGUUGAUGGAGGUAGUCGGAAUAGCAUUGGAGCCUUCAGUUGGCAUGCAACUCAUGGAACCUCCAUGAGCAGAGACAACAAGCUCAUCAGUGGAGACAACAAAGGCGCUGCUGCUAGAUUCUUUGAGGACUGGUUCCCCUCUACAACUAAACCUUCCUCUACAUCAAUCAAUAAAGACAUUGUCAAGUUGCAGGAGAAAGCAGAGACUAUAAGAGGCACUGGAGGGCAAAAGUGCGAGAAAACAGCGAGCCAAAGCUUCAAAGUGAGGAAGACUGAUAAAUGUCCAUUUGUUGGUGCAUUUUGCCAGUCGAAUGUUGGCGAUGUGUCGCCAAAUGUGCUCGGAGCGUUUUGCACUGACAGUGGAAAACCCUGUGACUUCAACCGCUCCUCUUGCAACGGCAAUGACCAGCUUUGUGUGGGCCGUGGGCCUGGUUAUCCAGAUGAAGUAAUAAGCACAAAGAUGAUAGCAGAAAGGCAGUUGAAGAAGGCAAUUGAACUAUUCGAGUCUGCUAAAGAACAACUGAGUGGCAAGAUUGAUUAUCGACACGUUUAUCUAAAUUUUACCGAUCUCACGGUGGACUUGGGAAACAACAUGGUCACAACAUGUCCCGCAGCUCUUGGACCGGGCUUUGCGGCUGGAACUACUGAUGGGCCUGGUGCAUUUGGGUUUCAACAAGGUGAUACAGAGGUAUGGGCCGUAUGUCAUAGUUCUCUUUGGCCCAAUAUUGAAUUAGGAUCAAAUUUGACAUUCAAUGGCCCAGUUGCUGACUGUUUACUUGGAAAUUCCCCUUGCUUGCAGAUCAACAAUUUGUGGAAACAAGUAAGAGACUUAUUGAAAGAACCAAGCCCAUAUCAAGUGGACUGCCAAAAGCCCAAGCUUGUUUUACUCUCCACGGGGGAAAUGUUUGAGCCUUAUGCAUGGGCGCCAGCAAUUCUUCCCAUUCAAAUGCUGAGAUUGGGAAAUUUUGUCAUACUUUCCGUACCAGGAGAGUUCACUACAAUGGCUGGCCGGCGACUAAGGGAUGCAGUUAAAGAAACUCUGAUUAGCAAUGGAGGUGGAGAGUUCGAUAAUGAAACCCACGUUGUUAUCGCAGGUCUCACGAACACAUACUCACAGUAUGUCACAACCUUUGAAGAAUAUAAGCAACAACGUUACGAGGCAGCUUCGACACUCUACGGUCCUCAUACACUAUCAGCAUACAUCCAAGAAUUCAGGAAACUAGCAACAACAAUGGCAAAAGGAGAAAAGAACACACCAAGCGGAAUCUCACCACCAGAUCUUUCCUCCAACCAACUCAGCUUAGUACUUCCCCCUUUUGGAGACUCACCACCGCCCGGAAAAAAGUUCGGCGACAUAGCACAGGAUGUCAUUCCACCAAAGGGAGGCUCGUUUAAGAAGGGUGAUAGGCCGAGUGCCACGUUUUGGAGUGCUAACCCCAGAUAUGACCUAUUGACAGAAGGUACAUUUGCAGGGGUGGAGAUUCUUCAAGAACAAAGGUGGAUUCCAGUAUAUGAUGACGAUGAUUUCAGUCUAUAUUUCAAGUGGAGGGUAGAAGAUAUUACUUUCUAUGGCACUGCAACCAUUGAAUGGCAAGUGCCAGAUAAUGCCAGCCCUGGGGUUUACCGGCUGAGGCACUUUGGUUCAUCCAAACAAACAGUGGUCUCUCCUAUUGAAUACUUUACUGGUGCAUCUAGUGCAUUUACAGUGUCAUAGAUGCAAAAUGAGUGCCAACGGCAUUUCCUAGGAAUGCAAAUAAUGUGAAAUUGCCAGGUGUAAAUUAUUAUAGUACUAUUUUUGACGCGGAUGAAAACAACGAA